AUGAAGUAUUGGUGGCUUGCUUGCUUAGGGACUCUAUGGCAAAGUCCAAAAUAUGUGCGAGGAGAGCAACGCACAGAACCACCUCUGGGUGCUUUGUCUGUGCGAGCGGGAGCAUCCCCAGCAUCUGGGAUGUUUGAUACCAUUACGGGAGCCCUAGAUGCCCUUCCCAACGACAUGUCGAACCAGACUAUAUUCAUUUUCCCGGGUACUUAUAGCGAGCAAAUCAACAUUUUAAGGCCUGGACCCCUGAGAAUCCUUGGGUAUACUAUGGACACGUCCAAUUUCGCUGCCAACCAGGUCGUUAUCGAGGCAGGAGUUCCGGCAAGUGUUGCAGGCUCAGAUGACGCUAGCGGUACACUCCGAAUUCACAAAGACAACUUCAGCAUGUAUAAUGUCAAUGUAACCAACACUUUCGGCAUCGGUUCUCAAGCUAUCGCGAUCAGCCAAUACGGUAGCCAAGUUGGACUGUAUUCGUGUGCAUUCAUUGGAUAUCAAGAUACCCUGUACGCCAACCAAGGAAAACAAGUUUACCUAAAGAAUUACAUAGAGGUGACGACGCAAUCCUCAAAUAAACCUGAUGCGAAUUGA